AUGGCUGAAACUCCCGCGAAUCAGCAGCCCAAGGGCAACAAGAGAAAACCGUCCGCAUCGGCCGAGUCCGCCGACCCCAAGAAGACUAAAACCAUCCCGAACGGCCCGGCGACGCCUCUGCCCACGCACGAUGCCCUCCUCGCCGAGUUGAGCUCCAAGUAUGACAUCCUUCCUGCCUUCACCAUCUCCUCGACCAAGAUCCAGAAGCGUGUGAACUGGCUUUUGCGCCACCUGCGCAAGGACGACGGCGAACCGAGAAAGCGCGUUGUGCUCCUCUAUGCGCGGCCGAGCGAGGUCGUCAAGAUGAUUACCAUCGUGGAGCUUGUCAAGCGUAUCGUCGCGGAGGAGGACGAGGGCGGGCGGUGGUAUCAGUACAACCAGAUGUACGCGCUUCCGCCAAAGGUCGAGGUUGUGGAAGAAACCAUGUUGAGCGGCGGCGGCGGCGGCGGCAUUGACGAGAGCGGGGCAGCGGCAGGCUCGGACAACGACGACUUCGAGAUUAUGGAGAGCCGGUUCGAGAGGGCAGUUCUGCCUCAGCCGGUCAAUCGCGCAGCCAAGUCGCUGAGCGUCUUCCUCUCGCUCGUGCCCAUCCCAGAGUUGAAGGCCAAGGACGAUGUUACCACUCAGACAAACGAGCCUCAGGGCGUCUCAAAAAGCUCGACUGCGCCUUAA